AAAACCCUCAUCUCCCCCCUUCACGUUCUCCGGCAAAUUGUAAAUCCUCGGUCUCUUCUUCAUUCUCACCGGCAAUGAAGCUCGUUCGGUUUUUGAUGAAGCUGAACAACGAGACAGUUUCGAUCGAGCUCAAGAAUGGAACUGUUGUUCACGGAACAAUCACAGGUGUGGAUAUUAGUAUGAACACUCACUUGAAGACGGUUAAACUUACCCUUAAGGGAAAGAAUCCAGUGACCUUAGAUCACUUGAGUGUUAGGGGAAACAACAUUCGAUACUAUAUCCUUCCCGACAGCUUAAAUCUCGAGACUCUGCUGGUCGAAGAAACGCCUAGGGUCAAACCAAAGAAACCAACUGCAGGGAGACCGAUGGGACGUGGAAGGGGACGUGGGCGCGGGCGCGGUCGUGGCCGAGGUCGUUGAUUCUCUCUCGAUCGUUGUGAUAACUGGUUUUGUAAACAGUUGUAUUGUUGGAGAGUUGUUGUGAUAAUGCUCUUAAUAUGGAUGUGAUGAUCAUUUUGCAAGUUACUUUCUCUUAGAUGCCAUUUCUCGUUGA